AUGAAUGAUAUGAAUGAUCCCUUUUUGGGAAGUGGGACCGACGAUGACCUAUCUUUACCUCAAGCCGCCGUAAACAAAUUUAUCAAAGAAACUAUCCCGAACUUACGAAUUUCAAAGGACGCAAGACAAUUAGUCGCUGACUGCUGCACGCAAUUUAUCCACCACAUGGCAACAACAUCUUCGCAGAUGUGCGAGGCUGCUGAUAAAAAGACGAUUGCGCCAGAUCACGUGUUGGAGGCACUGAAAAUGCUCGGCUUUCACGAAAUGGUCCCCGAGUGCGAGAAAGUGCUUAUCGACUGCAAGGAAGAAAACGCGAAACGAAAGAAACCAAAUAAACUAUCUAACUCGGGGCUAUCAGAGGAAGAACUUUACAGACAACAGAAAGCACUUAUCGACGCGGCUAAGAACCAUCAGCUGAUGGAGGAGCAAAACGAAUUCGCAUCCAGUCAGCACUUUCAAAGUCUGGACUUAUCAAGGCCCAACGAAGACGACGACGAAGAUUUCGACUCGUAA